AUGGCAAGCUUUUCAAAGGGCAAUAAUAGCAAUAGUGGAGAAAAUAACGCUAUCAAGGAAGGUCCCAGUUCCUACUUGGACGAGCGGAAGGAGCUGACGGUGCAGAUCGAGUGGGUCGAGUCCUUGUUGCUCUUCCAGGCCACCUAUCACAAAUACGACGAUGUGACGCGCAUGCACAACUACCAGAUGAGGCGGGAGAUCAGCGCACUCGAGGCAGAGAACUUCAGUUUAGAGCGCCAGUUGUUCAGUUACCAGAAAUCGAUCGCUUACGCUCACUCGAGGGGCGCGGUCGUGGACGAUCCUUCAGAACCCAACGACUAUCCUCACGAGAACUACUCCAACGGCAAGAGAGACUACGACACCAGAGAUUACUCCACGCGGGACUACGACUACGCAUACAAUGAUCUGCCAGAAAGGUCGUUUUCUACAGAUACUGAGUAUGCGUGAAAACGCCUUAAUCACCUGAACUAUCUGGUGAAAAGAGUCAGUGAUGCUUUACGAGAUAUUCGCAACGUAUGGGAAGAAACCAAAAUUAAAUUCUCUCUCUAUAACAAAAUAAAGAAUUGAGAGACACGUAGUCGAUAAAUCCCAAUUAAAUAUAUGAAUACCCAAAAAUACUAAAAUAAUACUGGAAUCCCUUAGUACCGUACGACUCUUUAGUACAGGUAAUAUUAUAUGCUGUUUCUGAUAGAAGCUGAGGAUGUUUUAUACAUCUAGCAACUGUACAUAUAUACGAUAUAUGUUUGUUCUAAAUCAUUCUGUGUUUUAAGGACAAAAGACAAGUCUUAUUGUGUGAAAUUUCAAAACUAUGAACGUGUACAUGUCGGUGUGUUCCCAGGGAUACUAGCUGGACCUGAGCUACAGAGCAAUCAUUAGUAAUGACACUAUUUUUGGUAAAUCUUUCAUAGCUACCGCGAUGUAUUUCAGGGUUACAGGUAACAUUUACAAAUCCAUCCAUUUUCGAAAAGUCCAGUAGCAGCAGCUGUUAGCGUGAGUGCAAGGAGAAAGCAAAGACGUGAAUACAUAAGGUGGGCCUUAUUAGGGAAUGCUUGAGGGAGGAUGUUGUGACUAACGCGGAGCCGAGAAAUUAUCGGUGAGCGUAGUUCUCUUUCUCGCAGAUAGUGAACAAUCAUGGCGUGCCCUUUAUAGAAGUCGUGUAGGUAUAAAAAGGACAUAGAGACCACAAGGGAGAUUAGAUAUCAAAGAACACUAAUACAUACACACA